AUGGAGCUGGUCAUCGGGUGGAACGGCGGGCAGCAGAAGAAGGACGAAUCGCAGGUGCCCAACUUCCCGCAGAUGGCCGGUCUGAUCAGUGCGGCAGAGAUGAUGCUGAAGGCCCAUCGUUUUGCUGUUAAGCGUCUCAACUGCAUGGAUCGAUUUUUCCACUCCCUGCCCAACUACUGUUCUUGGCUCGUGCCGAACAUGUGUUGCUCCAUCAAGCAAGAGCCGCAGAGUGCAAGUGUCUCGCAAACAAUCCCUGAAGACCUUGUCACGCGGAAGCUAACACAGAGCGCAAGACUGGCUUUGUUCUACAUGCUUGUUCGCCUCGUUGCUGCUUCGGCCGCCGUUUGCUCUGCCGCAGCGACAGAGGACCGCUGGGUGCUCGGUCGGCUGGUGUUGUUUGGUCGAUUCCAGGCGGGCUCGAAACCCAAAGCCGACGUGAAGACUCUGCAGGAGGUGGAGCAAGCCAUUCCUGAGGGCAACUACCCUCGCACUUUCCCCCACGGCGUCCUCAACGCCAAGUGGAGCAAUGAUCGGAAGUUGCUUCGCAAGCUGCGCAAGGCUCUUCGAACUGGCAAGCCGUUUGUCAUCAAUGACUUCUUGUUCGGCCCAGUCGCCGAGGCGCUCUUGCAGCAGCUGCAGCAGCUCAGUGAUCGGCAGGAUGACGCCGACGAAGCGGGUUACCCGUUCCAAAGACUGACGGAAGGCCCCUUCGACUCAGCUCCUAGAGGCUGGGCGCCUUUGAAGCCCAAUCCUUGCACACAAGUCGUCUCAGAUUUCCUGGAGAAGCGAAAACACCGCUUCGCGUUCACGGGGCACAUCUUGAUUGGCCGGAAGGGAGACAAGCACAAUGCUUGGCACUCUGCUUUUCGUCAAGCAAUGGAGCACCCCGCAGUCGUGCAGUUCUGGCAGGCUCUGGCUGGCAUCCCGAAGCAGGUGACCCGCUACGACCCUUCCUGGUCCUGGCUUCGCCCUGGUGAUUUCUAUGGUUUGCAUGCCGAUGACGCACAGGCAAGAUACCUGGCGGUGACAAUCCAUUUGGCCAGCGGCUGGUCCACAGACAACGGAGGCGAGCUUGUCUGGUGUGGCCCAGAGGGAGAUGGCGACGUGACCAUUGAGGCUCCCGACCGGCCUCACUUUCACAAGAGCUUCAAUGUUUCAAAGGGAGGGAGCGCGCUGCUGCCGAGUUUCAACGUGGCGGUGGUGUUUCCCGUCUUUCAGAACAGCUACCAUGCUGUGGCGCCAGUACAUGAAGGUGAUGGAAAAGGUAGGCGGUUCACACUGCAGGGCUGGUACGUCGAUCCGUGCCAGCUUGAAGAAGCUAAAGGCAGCUGCAUGCCUGAUGCCAUGCGACAGUUCAAGGUGUGGUCAGAGAAGAUCGCUUCCAAGUCCGCGGAGUGGGCAGGCAAAGGGCCGCGCCUUGUCUGGAGUCAGCAACACAGCAACACGGUUGGCCCGCUGGAUAUCGGCGUGAUAGCCACAGAACGUCUGCAGUCCAGCCUCGUGAUCCUGGCUUGGGAUGACUGGCUGAAACUGCCAUCUGGAAGCGACAGUUACAGUAUGGUGUUGAUUGCUAUCAGCGAGGAGAAGACAGACGAAGGCAAGGUCACCUACCGCAAUGAAAGUCUGUACCUUAGUGCUGCCGAUGUGCAAAAGGCGCGCGCCGUGGCUCGGCUGAACCAAGAUGUUACAUUCAUAAUUUUCACAUUGUUGCCGUGCCAAGCGAGGGCGAGGCGGCGCCCUCCACCGUCCCCACCCGGUAGUGCAAUCCAUAUUCUCGUGCCGGGGCGUGCUGACACGCACGCCCUGCUCGUCCUUCCCGCCGCGAUGGAAGGUGGAAAAGCUCCCACUGACUAUGGCUCGCUGGAAACAGGCUCUGGCAACUUUGCACCAGGCCUGAGAGGAGCCAUCGAGACCGAGGAAACCAAGGCCGCAGCCCGUGCGAGGCCGUCCUGGAAGGAUCUGCCACCUCUGCUGUUGCCCUGGAUCCUCUUCGGAAUGGUGCUGCUGGCAACCGCUUUGGUUCAGGGACAGAUGAUCGCACUACUUGCCUCUGUUGCUUGCUUCAUCCUGUCGGUCGGCUUUCUGUUGCUCUCUCGAGGGCCCGCUUGGCGAGUGCUUGCAAUCAGCUGCUUCUGCAUCACCCUCUUCGGCAUUGCGUUGGGGCAGUACGACAAGGUCAAGUACCUGUAUCCUUACUACUUCUUCGUGCGAAGCCCUGGCUACUCUGAUGUGGAUCCCGCAUCGAAGCCGGGUUCAGUGGCAGACGCAGGCUAUUUGAGUUUCCAGCCUGGUUCUCACGUGGACACCACCCGAGGAGUGGGCUUCGUGUCUGACACGCUCUGGUGUGCAGCGCCUAUUGUCAUGGAUGAGAUGGCAACGUCAGCCGGCUACUGGGCCGUGGGCACCGACUGCUGUAAACGACAGGGCAGCUUUCACUGUGGAGAUGCUCAGAACCACUCGGUGCGGAGUGGCGUUGUGAUCCAAGACUCGAGCCCAAUCCUGGAAGGUGAACUGCCCAAGUAUCUGCAAGCUGCAAAGAUGGCUGCAGAGACCUACGGCAUCAACAUGCCAAGGAACCCCAUGUUUAUCCGCUGGAAUGAUACCGCCGAACGACAAGAAAACUGGUUCUGGAGCAAUGCCGCGAAUUUCGUCCUCGUUUGCUUGUUGGUCUUCUUUCUUCUGGCACCAUGCCUCCUCUUGCUUUUCGCCUGUACUGGCUUCACGCUCUUUGGCAUGGAGGACAGUGCUCAUUGGCACCCCGAAAAGCUUGACUACAUGACCUUUGGCUUUGACUGGACGCCCAGGGUGUAUCCAAGUUACGUCCGCCAGGACUUGCUGUAUGGCCGGACUUUUUGGACAGGCGAAGUGAUCGAGGACUAUGUCUUCCAUGCAGCAAACCGUCAUGUCUACUUGGGCGUCCUCUUCAGCCAUCCCGCGCAUCCUUAUAGCAAGUGGCAGCGCCUGGUGGUAGCAAUCGCCGCUUCUUGUAUCUCCUGGUUUGUUGUGACUGGUGUCGCAGCCUUCACUGGACAGACUCUACUUCGGGUCAUCGUCAUUGUCGCCCUUUGCCUCGUCACGCGGAAUACGCUGAAGCUCGUCCUCCUGACGUAUGGCAUUGGACGAGAUUUGGGGGAGGCUCAUGUUGUACGCAGCUCUAUCUCCUCGGCCCUGAGCGCGAAUGCCCUUGGCAUUCUGGUGCUGUACCUGGUGAUGGCUGCCUCUGCGCUGGGCGCCGCAUCGGCAAUCGUCAGCGCUGUUGGGGGCAAAUCCUUUGGUGAGGAGCUCGGCAAGAAUGUGGAUGUCCUGGCCUACAUGUAUGUCCUGGACUUCUUAGUAGAUGCUGUGACACCGUAUGUGGGCCUGGACGAGCUCAGAGGUGUUUGGGCAUUGGGCUUCUUUGGCAGGUGGCGGGAUGAGCGCGACGAGUUCGAGUCAGCCAAAGCCCACAGUCACAAGUUCCGCUGGUCGUCACUGGGUGCCGAGGUGCUGGGCGUGGGCCCCAGCGGCUCCGCUCCCAAGCGAGGCCAGGCCGGUGACAGCUUCGUGGUGCCUCAUGGCAUGAUUCAGCCCACGGCCUCCGGAAACAUGAAGCGCAACUCCUGA